CCUGCAAGAAGGGGGUGGCCGAGCGUCGCCGGCUGCGGGCCAUGGUGUCGGAACAGCUGAGCCAAGAUCUCCUCAGGCUUCUAAGAGAAGAAAUCCAUACAGAUGUCACUUUUUGUAUAGGUCCUGCGUUGUUCAAAGCUCACAAAGCUGUGCUUUUAGCAAGGGUUCCAGACUUCUAUUUUCACACUAUUGGAAAAACAUUAAAUAAUUGGGAGAACCAUGUUCCUAUUGCUGUGGAAAACUUCGAACCUUUAGAAUUUAGAACAUUUUUACAAGUUGUAUAUUCAUCAGACAGAAACAUAAAAAACUAUGAAGAAGAAAUCCUGAGAAAGAAGGUGCAUGGGUUCAGGUUACAGCAGGAAACCCCAAGUGCUGAUACAAAUUCUGGAAAGUAUGCCAAAAGUGAUGGAUGGUCAGCCACUUCCCAGAAUAGUUUGACAAAGCUUCGAGAUGGAAGUUUGGUUGGUUCCUCUCUCACUGAGUGUGAAGUUCCAGAAGAAACCAGUGGUAAUGGGGACAACUCGGAUUUUAUAGACAAUUCUGACCUGGAACCUGCAUCUGAGUUAGGAGAAGAUUUGUUGAAACUUUAUAGAAAGCAUUGCUGCCCAGAUAUUGAUAUUUGUAUUGAUGGGAAAAAUUUUCAAGCCCAUAGGGCAAUUUUGUGUGCCAGGUCUCGUUAUUUUGCAGCAAUGCUGAGUGGAUGUUGGGCUGAAAGCUCCCAAGAGCACAUCACUCUUCAAGGUGUAAAACCAAUAGAAAUGAAUGUUAUGAUGCAUUUUAUAUAUGGAGGGACACUGGGCUUUCCAAAUAAAGCUAAUGCAGGUCAGAUACUGAACCUGGCAGAUAUGUAUGGAUUAGAAGGGUUGAAAGAAGUAACACUUUAUAUUCUUAAAAGAGAUUACUGUAAUUUCUUCCAAAAGCCAGCCCCCGGGAGAUUGGAGGCUAUACUAGAAUGUCUGAUUAUUGCUCAUUCUGUGGGAGUGGAAAGUCUUUAUGAUGAUUGUAUGAAGUGGAUUGUAAAGCAUUUUGCGAGGUGUUGGUCAGAGAGGAGCUUUGCAAAUAUACCUCCUGAGAUCCAGAAAAAUUGCCUUACUAUGCUGAUUCAGUCUUUAGAUGACAAAAAUGCUGCCUUUCUUCUGAUGGAAAGUGACAGACUAAUCAUCAGCCUUCCCAGAGUGAAGUGGACUGAAGCUGCAUUGACCAUGGCAUCUAGGCUGCAAGAAGAAUGCAUAGCAUUUAUUGUGGCAAACUUCUCCCAGAUAAUACAGAGUGAGAACUUUGCUCUUCUUUUACAGUCACAAGCAAUGAGUAGCACAGCAGAUCUCUUGGACAAAGUUCUUAAAGCAAUUGAGAAAAACAUCACCACUGAAAAUAGCUGUUUACUUCUAAUGGCUGUGGAUACUCUGCUGAAUGCUGAAAGUACAAAGGAAAUGGGUUUUACGUGCAAGAUCCAGGCUCUGCGUGAUAAGCUGUGGCUCUUCCUGGUUCAGUCUUUUUAUGCUGUUCGUCACACAGAAAGCUGGAGUCUGAUGAGACCAGAUGAUCAGCAGAAGAUCCAAGCAGCUGCAUUUGAUAAGGGUGAUGAUCGAAGACUUGGCAAAAAGCCAAUUUUCAGUAGUUCUCAGCAAAGUAGAUCCACUUCAGACUCUAGUGAUAUAAAAAACAGAUCUUGGAGAGGAAAAGACAAGAAAGUCUCCUGUAGUUACCCCUCCACUGAUCAAGAGAAAAUGAAAUCUGAUGGGCUAGGAGCUUCUGGACAUGCAUCCAGUAUAAAUAGAAAUACUGUGAAUAAAUCUUCAAAACAUGAUGAUUUAAAGGGAAGGGACAAUAAAAAAGCAGUGUCUAAGAUUACAAAAGAUAUUAAGACUGGGGAAAAGAUUGCUUCUGGAAAGCCUAGAGCUGUUAUAAAGUCUAAAAUAGAAAGUAAUGAUAACACUAAGACCGAUAUGUUUGCUCAACAAGAUACUGAGCGUUCUUCCUCCUCCUCAAGUGGACAGAAAAACUCAGUAAGUGGAAAAGGAGUAAAAACCCAGGAAGGAAAAGGGGCAGGAGCUCGGCCAAAAACCCUCACUGGAAGCUCCAGCACACCAGCUAAAGCAAAGCCUCUGAAGAAAACCACUGGGAAGGGUGCUUCCUGCUCAGGCCCUACAGGCACUCUCAGCAAGUCUGCCAGUUCCAGUGUGGAAUUACAAAGUCCCAGCGAGUGCCUGGAUGAACCAAAGGAGGGUGGAUCUCUAAAGGAAGAGAAGCCUUCUGAUAGUAAACCAUCUCCUUGUAAUUCUCCUCAAGGAAGCCGAACAAUAAGAAGCAACUUGGAGACUUCCAAAGGUUCUGCUGCAGCAGUGAAAUCCCGGCCUGUUUCAAGGAAUGCUGAGGGAGCUUCCAAUAAAAAAAGGGUUAAUGAACAUGAGACUCACAUAAGUAAUAGUACAACCAAGAAGGUUAUUGGUAAGGAGUCUAGUGAUCAGAUCUCCCAAACAGUUUUGAAGAAGAGAGGACACAGUAGUUCUGCAGGCUUGCAACGAGCAAAGAGUGCCCCAUCUGGUCUUACUAAAACCCAAGGAUCCCAAGGAGAUUCACCAAAUUCAUUAAAAUCUACAGCUUCUCUAAAACAUUCUGAAGAAAAUGUGACACAGUUAAAUCGUUCUACACCAAUAGUUAAGAAAAAAACUACAAAGCAAGGACAUGCAUCUUUGGCAAAAACCAAUGUGAAAACAACGAUGGCCAAAACUCAAGUGCCCUCAAAGAAAGGUGAAACUGUCAACAGUAAAGACCAGAAACAGAAAACCAUUUCUGGGCAGUCUACAGUCAAGUGUCAGUCUUCCCAGAGACCUUCAAGAAGUGAAUCACCUAUGACCCCAAAGAACAUACAUAACGAUGGACCAAAAAAUUGGGGCCAGAAAAUCGAACCUGUUGGAUUCCAAGCGAAUGAUAGUAACAAAACCAAACAAAAACAACAUAGGCUACCAAUUAAUCCUGUGUUGGAGACUAAUGGUGUAGAAGCAUGUCCAUCAUCAAGUCUACCUGAUCCACAAAAGCCAUUAAAUUAUGAAGAAAAUGAUAAAUCUACUCUGGAAUCUGAAUUGUCACUUCCUCCUAUGAGCAUUGAGAUUGUUCCUAAAUUAAAUGAAGUAGUAAAAAAUGAAGUAAAAUCCAGACAGAUUUCUAAGGAUAAAAAUGACACAAAAUGUCCUGGUGAUGGAGAAGCAGAUAAUUAUGAUGUGCCAAGGCAUAGUACUGAUGGGAGUGGUGAUGCAGAGUCAAUGUUUUAUAGCAGCGCUAAUCUAAAAUCCAUGACUUCAAGUCCAAAUCCAGCCCAGCAGUGUGAAAUCAUUUGUAACUUUGUGGAUAAAAAACAUUUAGACUCAGCAAAUGGAAAGCACUUGUCAUCAGGGAGGGAUAGCCAUCUGGGACAAAAGGAUACAAAUAUAUCUGAUAUUAAAAGUGGGAAAAGUACUUCAGUUAGCCUUUCCGAAAGGAUAAAUACUACUUUUAAUCCUGUACAAGAUGAAAGAAAAUCUAAUAUUUUUGAGGAAGAGCUGACCGUUACUAGUCAGUUGCCUGAUGAAUAUUCCAUGAAAGAAGAUGAGCAUGUUGCAAACAAAUCAGAUGUCUCUGACAAAUGUUUUUUGAGUCAAGCACCAGAAAGAAAUUCUCCUAAAGAUGUGAACUCAACAGAAACACCAGAGAGCCAUGAAAAUCUGGAAACUCCUUUUGUGGGUCAUUGGAAUUUGAAUACAGGUAUUAUACACCAGAGGGAGAGUCCUGAAUCUGAUACUGGUAGUGCAACCACCUCAUCUGAUGACAUAAAGCCUAGAUCAGAAGAUUAUGAUGCUGGAGGGUCUCAGGAUGAUGAUGGGUCAAAUGAAAGAGGGAUUUCUAAAUGUAGCACUAUGUUAUGUCAUGAUUUUCUUGGGAGAAGUAGCAGUGAUACCAGCACUCCUGAGGAAUUGAAAAUAUAUGAUAGUAGUUUAAGGAUAGAAGUAAAAGUGAAAAAGCAAAGUAACUCUGAUAUUUCCCAAGUUAAUUCAACAAGUGAGGAUGAAAUUCCUAGGAAAAGGCCUGAAAGUUUGUCUCAACAAGGGAUGGUAGUAGACCGUCCUCAGGAGAAAGAACAUCUUCCACGAGGAGGUGUUCCAUUUACUCAGGAAACAGACCAGGUUUCUUCCUCAGCAGAUGAAACAGAAGAUGAAAGAUCUGAAGCUGAAAAUGUUGCAGAAAAAUUUCCUUUGUCUGACCCAGCUCCUCAGCAGUUCCAAGGAAUUGUCAAUUUGGCUUUUGAAGAUGCAGCUGACAAUGAAAGCCGAGAAUUUCCUGCAACCAAAAAUUUUAAAAGGUCAGUUCUACUUUCCGUGGAUGAAUGUGAGGAAUUGGGAUCUGACGAUGGGGAAAUUCACACCCCCCUUCACCGCUCCAUCAAUUCUCUGACUCCUGAGGUUUUUGAUAGUCUUUCUCAUGAACAUCAUGGAAAAACCUCAUAUUCCAGAUACUCAUUAGAAAUUGAAGAUAGUUUUUUAGAGUGCAAACAACAUGAAAAAAGUGACAAAUUAGAAAAAAAUGGGAGCCCCAUCUUGGAUCCUAGUGGAUUUGAGUCUGCAGGAAGAGAUAAACAGGGUACUUCAGCUACAGGAAAAAAUCAUGCAGUGGAUGUGCUGGGCAAAGCAGACGGGCCUUGUCUCCCAGAAGACACAAGUGUAAGUGUUAGGAGUGAAGAGGACAGUGAAGCACAGCAGUGCAGCAAACUUUAUGAUGGUGAAAUAAAAUCUCAAGAAAGACCCUGUCAUUUGGCACUUCAUCAAAGAGAGCCCGAUUCAGACACACCAAAGACCAACAACUCUGCCUGGUCUGUUGACUCCCGUUGGAACCAGGUUCUGACUCAGGAAGGUCAAGUGAGAGAAAUCUGCCAUGCAUCUACUGAAAAUGCUAGUACUGCUCUUGCUGCAGGAGACAUAGAUGAUUGUGACACAUUGGCACAAACCUGCAUGUAUGAACAUCGGCCUCCAAAAACCCUUUCUCCAAUCUGCGAGAUGGAUGUUGUAGAAGCUUUUGAGCAGAAAACGGAUUCAGAAACACAUUUCGCAGGCAUGGAUUACGAAGAUGACCGACACUUUGCAGAGCAGGAUUGGACUCUUCUAAAGCAGCUGCUGUCUGGGCAGGAUUCAGACCUCAAUCUCAGAGACUCGGUUCCUGAAGACCUCAAUUUAGCACGGUGUCUGAUCAAUCAGACAUUGCUUCUGGCACGAGAUGGCUCACAACCUCAGGGUAAAGCGCAUGUGGACACUUUGAGUGGAUGGAGGGAGCUCACAUCUCCACUUGGUGACUCUUCAGCAAGCCUCACUGUGACAAGUUUUUCUUCUGAAGAUUGUUCUUCUCCCCAAGGAGAAUGGACAAUUCUUGAACUGGAAACGCAACACUAAAGAGGUCAAAAACUUUGGAAAAUUUUGAACUUCUUUACCCCUUUUUCUUUAUGCUUCUAUCCAUAUGAUAACUGCAUUGGGCCAAAGGCAGACAGCCCUGGGCGUGGAGGGGCUUUCCUAUCUUUUCAGUUUACCGAAGUAAAUGUAGUUCAUUAGUCAAUGAGAUAUAAUCACAAGUGGGGAAAAAGUUCAAGGCUUCAACAAACUUUUUUCUAAAUAUCUUGAGCAUGUUGCUAUAGUUCUUUGAGAAAUGAGAAGACUUGAAGGAAAAUUCUUGUUUCAUUUUUCCUUUCCCAACUGGUCAUUGGUUCACUUGUCCUUUAAUCCUCAAGAUGGGAAUGCACAAUAAGUAGAGCCAUCCCAUUUCUUCUUGCUCUGCACAUGGUAACAUGGUAAUUUGCAACAAUAAAAUACUCACUGUGCUUGUGUCA